GGGCAAGUGCGUACCAACUCCAGGGGAGGGGGCCAGACGUGCCAAAUCGGAAAGGGGGGUGACCCGGGAAAAGGUGGUAAAAUACCCAUCCCAGUCCCUCUACUCGGGUUCUCCAAGAGGCACAAACAAGAGCGAGCUCAGUGUUCAGCAGCCGCACGCCGGCCUCUCCCACAGAGAGGAGUUCAGCCCCAAGUCCGGGAGGCCCGGGCAGGCCGCCUCCAGAGGAGCCCCCGCAGACGCCAUACUAAAAGCCAAAAUGGCUGCCCCAAGGAAGCCCGCACCGAGCAGCUAGUGAGGAUUGGGGAAACAAGCUUCUGCGGGAAAGGGGGAGGAGGGCUCUAGGAAGAACCGUGGCCAGGACCAACGCCGCCCCGAGCCGCACAGGUUCUAGUUACAAGCCUCCCUUGCCAUAACUUUUGACCCGUAUUUGGAGAAGUACUGGCCAGGAAGAAAAAUGAUAAAGUUUUUCCUCAUGGUGAAUAAACAGGGGCAGACACGACUUUCUAAGUACUAUGAACAUGUGGAGAUUCAUAAGCGUACACUUCUGGAAGCAGAAGUCAUAAAGAGCUGUCUCUCUCGAUCCAAUGAACAAUGCUCUUUCAUUGAAUAUAAGGAUUUUAAGCUGAUAUAUCGAAAGUAUGCAGCUCUCUUCAUUGUGGUUGGAGUUGAUGACACCGAGAAUGAGAUGGCAAUUUAUGAAUUCAUCCAUAACUUCGUGGAAGUUUUAGAUGAGUACUUCAGCCGAGUGAGUGAAUUAGACAUUAUGUUUAAUUUGGAUAAAGUACAUGUCAUUUUGGAUGAGAUGGUGUUAAAUGGCUGCAUUGUAGAAACAAAUCGGGCAAGAAUUCUUGCCCCUCUACUAAUUCUUGAUAAGAUGUCAGAAAGCUGAACAAUGGAAGGUUCUGCCAGGCUUCAUCGGCACAAGAAAGGAGAACACGGAAUACCUCCUAGCAUCUGUAGCCCAGAGAAUCUGGAAAAGUACAUAUUGCAAAUGGGGCAUCCUUCCAAAGACAUUGUAUAGGUGUUUCUCAUGUUCCUAAAUGGAAAACAAAACUGUAUUUUAAAAUAUGAUGUACAAAGAAAGCUUUUCUCUUGAGAGAGAGGUUUUAUUUUCUAACCAUAAGCAUUUUCCCCCUCACUUGUUUAAAUUUGGUUAAAUAAAGUUUUUGGUCUCUACUUCCCUUUGCAAAUUAAAUUCAGGAAUAGCAGCAUGAGGUGGGAAGUCAGUAUGGCAGCUCUUUAUGAGCCAAUAAAAGUGUAAUGACAAACACACAAAGCACUUUGUCUUCUGAAUGAUUGUCUAACUACUAUGCUGUACACUUGGAAGUACUGUAAUUAAAAAAUGACAUUUUUAAAAAAGUCUUAAGUCAAAAUUUUACUAUAUCGUGUCUAACGAAAAUGUCAGAAUUAAAUUUUAUUUGCCAGUCUCUAAAAGCAUGUGAUCCAUUUUAUGUGCACUUGGCAGGUACAGUGCCAUCAUGUAAUUAACUAGAGUAUGUUACCACCAAAUAAUAAAUGGUUAAACACUGAAAGGGAGGCCUUACCUCUGGGCGCACCACGGCCCUCGGGCACCCAGCGCGCACCAGCUCUGCCAAGAGGGCAGCGUAGGAGGAGCUAAAGAGGGGAUCGGAGUGGUUGUCAGCUAAACCUGCUCCUGCAAAAGAAAUGAAGCCAAAAAAAGGUGGCAAGAAAAGCUAACCCUGCAGAACAAAAAAGUGCACACAAAAAGGAAAAGGGGAGCAAAGGGAAAACAGGCCAAAGUGGCUGACCAGGAACCCGAAGGAAAUCUACCUGUGGAAAACAGAGAGACUAAAAAGAAGAUGAGUCCAGCCUCGGAUGGAAAGAAGCCACGUCUGGUGAACAGCAUACCCUGUCUCAUCAGCACUCCGUCUCCCUUCUUGUACAAUUCAGAGGAAUAUUUUUAUCAACUAUUUUGUAAAUGCAAGUUUUUUAGUAGCUCUAGAAACAUUUUAAAGGUGGGAACUCCCUCAUUCCAUUCAUUUUUUUCAAGUGUAAAUUUUUUUUAAAGAAGUCAAUUCAUUUGCUGGUUUAUUUUUUGGUACAACCAGAAAACAGUUGGAUAUUGAAUGUGGGAGGCUUGGUUUUGGGUGUCAGCUUAACAUUCCAUAGAUGGGGUACUUUUUAUAUCCUAUGGUACAAAGUGUAGUACGCGGCAAUUUGGAGUCAGUUGCGCAUUUAGUAGUCUUGAACAUUUUAAAUUACUUCUAUUCCCCUAUUUUUGAUAGAAUGUUUCCUAAAGAAAACCACUCCUUGCUCUCUGCUCUCCCUCUCAGAAUUCCGUUCACUCUGUAACAUCUUUGGUGUGGUGUGACAGACCAGUUUUCCUAGUAACUUUGUUAGUAUGCUGUGAAAGAUUGAAAUUUUGAUUAUGUAGUGCAGAUGAUGUUAAAUUGUGAAUUAGUGGGACUUCGAUGUAACAGUGGAUCAACAUUUGAAGAUAUUGGUAAUUGAUACUCUAAGGAAAAUUAGCCUCCAGAUUUUAAGCUGGAGAGGAACUGGAAUAGCUGUUUAGAAAAGAAUCACAACUGUGUGACUUUACAUUUUUGGUACCUAUGUUAAGAAUUGUGUACAAAUUGAAAUGCCUGUGUACUUUUCCUCAAAACAAUGAAUAAAAUCUCAAUUAUGAAAGAAAAAA